AUGAUCAAGAUAUUUUUGGCGGUUUUUUUAAUUGCUUCGAGUUUAAGUUUCGGAGUUUUUGCUCAGCAACCAACUAUAUUACAAGCAAAUCCAAAUUAUCAAACGAUUCAAGUUUUGGGUAGUAAUUUUGGGACAGUAGCUAGCAAUGUAAAAUUUAUAGCACCCACCUAUCCACUUGGAACCAAUACCUCUUUGUCACCAGUAUAUCUAGCACCAAACCAAGCCGUCUUUUCGUGGAACUAUAAUAUAUUGAAUGGACCGUUCCAAUUGUCGGUCAGUGGUCUGCUGUCUACACCGUUUUAUGUCUCGUAUUCUCCCUAUAUCGUUUCAAUGGUUCCUGUUGGUACUGCUGGUGGCUCUAACCUCACCAUCAAAGGUACUUCCUUUUAUCCGUUUGACAGUCUAGGCAAUGCACUGUCACAAACGGUCACUAUCGGAGACAACUCUUGUCCAGUGCUUUCCUCAUGGAUCGACGCCUCCUCAACCUAUAUAGUUUGUAAGGCUCCUGCGGGAACUGGAACCAAAGUUGCCAUUGUAAACAUCAAUGGUUUAGCCAAUAGUUUUGAUUAUGUCUAUGCUCCACCCGUCAUUGCAACGGUCACCCAAAGUGAUACUGAUUUUGGUCUGAUCAUUCAAGGUCUCAAUUUUGGUAGCAAUAUAAACUUGCUCGGAGUUUACGUAUCUAAUAUUAUGCCAACCAUUCAAUCAUUCAAUGAUACUACAAUCUUUGCCAUUGUCACACCUGAAACAUCCAAUGGAUUUAUCCUAGUGCAAGUAGAUGGCCUCCAAUCGGUGGCACCAGGGUUUCCAGUCAACUUUAAACCAGUCGUUACCAAUGUACCUAUCGUUCCGGUUGCAGGUGGCCUGAUAAUGAUUUCUGGACGGUACCUUUUAAUGGUUCGUGCCAAUGGAACCGAUACCAAUAUGUCGGUAUUAUUCAACAACAAGCCAGUAACCCUCAGUUCGUCGUAUUCCAACUCGGACGCCUCCUUUUUAGGAUUUAUUGCACCUGCAGGUGUUGGUGCCAACCUCUCUUUGACAGUCACGGCCGAUGGAAUCCAAUCUGAACCAGUCCUCAUUAGCUAUGCUGCUCCAACCAUCAUGUCGGUGGUCCAAGGAGUAGGUUCUGUCAUUUCCAUCAUCGGUGACAACUUUGGUAGUGAUUUGUCAGUCAUCACAGUCAUUGUAAACGAAGACCAAAUGAUCAUACCAACCGGUUUAAUCACAAAUGGAUUAGUGUUUAGUGCUCCGUCGGACCUAAAGAAUGGGGUUGUCAAUGUUCGUGUUGGUAACCAAAUGGCUGCAUCAAAUAUGGCCAUGCUAUUGGCUCCAGUACUCUCUACCGUAUCACCUCUAUCAUUGGCCGGUGGUAACCUCACUAUCAGUGGUUUAUACCUAAAUAGCGUAGAUUACCUUGGUAACCCUGUUGCUGCAAUAAUAAUGAUAGCCAACCUACCAUGCGCAACCAGCCCAGAUCUGGCCACAGGUACCACUCUAUCUUGUCAAUAUCCAGCUGGACUUGGUGGAGCUCAGGAAAUGAUAUCUGUUUAUCUCGGAACUAAACAAACAAUCCUUUUGGUCUCAUUCCCUGCCCCAGUCAUCAUUCCAUCAUCACCGUCGGCACCAGUAUUGACCCAAAAUCCAACCGAUGGAACCGUCACGGUGGUUGGUAGAAACUUUGGUCUAAUAACCUCAAAGAUUGUAUUAUCAUUUGGUAGUCUUCAAUCUCUAAAUGAUACAACCAUCAUUUUUACAGUUCCCGAUACAGUCACCAAUGCUCCAUUCACCCUUUCGUCAUUUAGUCAAAUUUCAAACUCUAUUCAAUUCUCUGUAACCCCAUUCAUCACCAGUAUGGUUGGUGCUAAAACCAUAGGAUCAACUACUACAUUGAUGGGUAAAUAUCUUACACCUAUGAGAGCUAAUCAAACCCCUACCAAUAGUUUUAUCCAAAUUGAUGGUGGUGCUCCAAUCACAUCACAAAUUUCAAUGCAAGGUACCUCGUUAACAUUCCCAUUACCAGCCGGUACUGGUGCAAUUCAUACUUUGGUGUUAUCAAUCGAUGGUCAAAAUGCUACCUUGAUAUUCUCGUAUCCAGCUCCAACUACUACUUCAAUCGUCCAACAGUCCUUGUCUAAUCACUACACCCAAUCGCUUACCAUCACAGGUACUUCAUUUGGAACGGUCAAUACAAAUGUCCAAAUAUUAUUUGUCAAUCAACCAAAUGUUCAAUGUGAUCAAGUAGUUGUCAGUGAUUCUUUAAUCACUGCAAACCUCCCUAAAUUUGUCCUCAAUGAUAAUAUUAGGGUAAAUGUAUCUGGUCAGAUAUCAACUCCAUUCUCCAGACCAAUUGGACCAAUUCUCAAAUCGAUUACUUCAGCCGAUGCUGAAGGUGGUGAAAUCAAGAUUGGUGGUCUCUACCUCAAUAAUGUUGAUGCUUUUGGAUCGACCAUUCCCAUCACAGUCAUGUUCCCAGGCAAUACUCCAUGUACCAAUGUUGUAAAGAUUGCCGAUGAUCAAGAUAUGGGAUAUAUUACGUGUCAAGCUCCUCCAGGAAAUGGAAUUAAUAUUCAAGUCACAGUUCAAGUCGGUCAAUUAUCAGACACUAUCAACUUUGCCUAUGGAUCACCAGUCAUCAAUUCAGUUGUCGUCGCCAAUGAUAAUUCUGCAGUCUCGAUCGUUGGAAAGAAUUUCGGUGCCUCACAAGCAAGUGUAACGAUUUAUCUUGGAGGUGGAUUAGUCACAACAUCAUACUCGUAUAUCAAUAGAACACAUCUAGUAAUGACUACCACUUCAUUAAUGAGAAAUGCACUCAUCACUGUCAAACUCGCCGACGGUCGUAUUUCAAAUCCAGUACCCCUUGUAUUGAAACCUCUCAUCACUUCAAUUGCAAAGCCGAUCAAAACAACAGGUGACCAAUUGACUAUUGUUGGAACCUAUCUAUAUCCAACUAGAAUGGAUGGAUCACCAACCAAUGUCACAGUUGUCAUUGCUGAUCUUAAUCAACAAUGUACCAAUGCCAUAGCCAAUGGAGUAUCAAUUAUUUGUACCUCACCUCAAGGUUCUGGUGUCAAUCAUAAUGUCAUUGUCUAUAUCGAUGGAGCACAAUCGCCAUCAUCAGUCACACUCUCAUACAUUGCACCUUUAAUCACCAAUAUUGCCCAACAAGGUAAUAGUGACAAUCUAAUCAUCACUGGUACCAAUCUUGGCCUUGACUUGGCAAAGAUUACAAUCAACAAUCAAAUCAUUGCAACAACAUUGACCAGCGCAACAUCUCUGUCUGCUAAAUUGACAGGUCCAUCAAAGAAUGGAGAUAUUAAAAUAACCGUCGACGGUCAAGAUAGUAAUACUCUACCACUCAACAUUAAAGCAACUGUCAACUCUAUCUCAUCCACCUCACCAUAUGGAGGUGUUGUUGAACUAGUUGGUAAAUACCUUUGGACUACAAGAUUGGAUUCAACUCUAACCACCAUCGCAAUCGAUAUUGGAGGAACACCAUGUACAUCACCAGUGGCCAAUGGAAGCGACGGAACCAAGUUGAACUGUACUGUUGGUGAUGCCAGUCAAUCGGAAACAUAUAUUGAAUUAUCAAUUGACUCUGUCUAUGCCUAUUCAACAGCCAUUUACUACAGUAAUUCACCAGUUAUCACAACGAUUACAUCUUCAUUCUACCUCGUAUCAAGUGUAGUUACUAUUGUUGGUAAUGAAUUCUAUUCACCAUCCGAGGUGAAAAUCGGAGGUAGUGAAUGCAAUAAUGUUGUUGUUGUCGAUGCACAACAUAUUACUUGUUUAUUCGGUAGUAAUGCCGGAGACAAUGCAACUUCAACUUUGGAUGUUAACGUCGAAUCUGACGAUUUAUCAACCACUAAAGUUGGAUUAUUCAAAUAUACAUUGUUACAAUGUUUGAACUCUUGUUCAUCACAUGGAACUUGUGUCACAUCUGGUCAAUGUCAAUGCGACAGCGGAUACACAGGAGCUGAUUGUUCAAUCACAUAUACUCAAUCAUUGGUCUCGGGUGACUCUGGAUCAGUGUCAGGAGGUAAAUUCACAAUGUUUAACAAUUCAAUGGAAUUCCUACUUUCACACAUUCAAGAAGUUCGUCAAGACAAUAGUAUCGUUAAAACUAUUCCACUCACCAAAUGGGAUGUCUACAAUGAAUUUGGUAAUACAACUGUUUACAACUCAUCAGCAACCACUCACAACAUUCAACUCUAUGUCACCAAACAUGCAACAUCAUCCAUCCAAUCAUUUAUAGGUGAUGAUCUUGUCAUCCCAUCCAACUCUAUCAAACAUUUUAUGACUAUCGAUAGUUUUACAUUUGAAUCAACCAACUCUUCACUUCGUAUCAUCUAUCAAUUCAAAUCACCAUCAGAUAUUGAAUACAACUGUGAAAAUGAAACCACCAAAUACCAAUACGAUACAUCAUCAUCAAGCACCACCAUCAAAUCAUACAGCAUUGACACACCAGUCGGUACAAUGAUGGCAUCAUUCAGCAACCGUGUAGAAAUCGAUGAAAACUAUGAAAUGGUCUCAUCAAUCCUAGCAAUCACAUCAGUUGAUUCAUCAACACCAUCAACCAACGGUAUCCAAUACAUUGCCAUCCAAGUUCCAUCGUUUGGAGAUUAUGUUGAAAUCGAUCCAAUAUUUUCAGCCACCUCAAAGAAUGCACCAUCAACUGAUGCCUGUAUUGUAUCAUCAGCACCUUCAUCCUUUAUACCACCAAUUUUAUUACUAUCAAUUAUAUCAUCAUCAAUUGUUAUCCUCUUGUUCAUAAGAUUAAAAUAA